AUGGGCACGUUUGAAGAAGAAUGCAAGAGGCGACUGAACGAAGUUGCCAAAACGGUCUCCCUUAAUAAUCAAUUGAUGUGGUCACUUUGUGUGUUCUACUUCGCCUUUUCUCCGGUGGCGAUUGUUGGAAAUGUCCUUGCAAUACGAGCCAUAUUUAAAGCCGUAUCGCUACCACCUACAUUCAAAAAACUACUUCUAAGUCUUGCUGUCUCUGACCUUGCAGUGGGAUUAUUUUUACAACCGAUUUACGGCGCUAUCAUUGCGCUGCAUUUGAGUAAGAGGAGCAGUCAGUUCUUGUGUCCUACUGUUCUGACGAUUCAACUAUUCUUUACGUUUUUGGUGGCAGGUGCAUCUUUCAUGACUGUCACCGCCAUUGCACUGGACAGACUUCUCGCCGUGUAUUUACACCUGAGGUAUCAAGAGCUCGUAACGCCAAAGCGAGUAGGAAUUAUUUUUCUUCUACUUUGGAUAGCUGCAGCUUUUGGAGCAUCAGUGUCUAUCUUACUGCGGUCGAACCUUUCUGACUUGAUCACUGUUAUAAUUGAACUAGUGGGAUUUGCUAUCGCAACCGUGGCAUAUCUUUAUCUUUACAGAGUCGUUCGAUAUCAUCAGAAUCAAAUUCAAACUCAGUGCCAGGUUCAAGAGCAAAAUGCUGUCCAAUUAUCUAGAGAGAAGUCAGCUCUGAAUACCUUCUACGUGUAUGUCGUUUUUCUUAUCUGUUACCUUCCACUGUUAUUAUCAAGUACUCUUUUGAUGGUAAAUCACUCAAACACAUCGUUCCAAGUCGCCUACAACAUGUCUGGUUUCUUGGUUUUCCUCAAUUCGUCUUUAAAUCCAUUUGUGUAUUGUUGGAGAUAUCAAAGUUGCAAAUAUCAUGCUUUUUAUCUAUACGCUAUUGACAGCCCUUAA